UCUCCAGCAGAGCAGAAAGCAGUGAAGCAGAGUGAGAGAGAGAGACAGGGAGGGAGAGCAUGACACCGGCGGAGCCACCGUUAUACGACUUAGAAUGGGGGCCAUCUGCUGCUGCUACAAUCAAUCAGACACCGGCGAGGCUUCCUGUUGAUUUCAGCCCUCCUCUAAUUGCCAUGGUGGUCGUAGUCGCCACCGCCUUUCUCGUGAUCACUUACUUCCGACUCAUCUACCGCCACCUUCUCCGCCCUAUCCUCAACCUCAUCAAGCGGUGGCGCCGGAGAUGGAGACGCUGGCGCCACCGCCACUCCUACGAUCCAUCUGCCGGUGACAUCGAAUCAAUCACAUCGAACGCCGUGUUCGAGUCCACCACCACCACCACCGCCUCCGCUGCCUUUCACUUUCUCUCCCCUCCUUACGGCCUCGACGAGAUGGUGAUCAAAACAAUCCCUCUCUCCGUCUACACGACCACCAAAGGAAGUAACGGCAGCAAGAAAUGGUCUUACGACGCCGCCCGUGAUUGCGCCGUUUGUUUACUCGAAUUCGAAGACAACGACUACGUCCGUACCCUCCCUGUCUGUGCACACGCUUUUCACGUUGAUUGCAUCGACAUGUGGCUCAGGUCUCAUGCCAACUGCCCUCUCUGCCGUGCCGGAAUAUUCCGACCAGAAUCUCCAUUUGUUCCAAUGAUGGCCGGCAGAAUACGGCCAAGCCUGGAUGAACGGAUCUUAGAGAACCUAUUCCUCGAACCGGUAAGCGGACGGGUACCCGAAUCCGAAAUCGGCCCCUCCGUUGAAGAAUCAUCAGUAUCAGUAAUAUCACCCAGAAGAAACGAAAGCGAAGAUAGGUAUACCUAUAACUAUCCCGGUGGUCGUGAUCCUUUGUUAAAGCGAUCGUACUCGUUUGGGUUCGAGCGUAACUUCGCUACGGAUCGGUUGUUAUUAGAGCCAACGACGGCUUCGCCGUGGAGGUAUCGCCGAGCGAGUUUCUGGAGCAAGAGACCAUCUCCGUUCAGCUCGUUGUCAUUGGGAAAAUCUAGGGUUUUCUCGUUCCGGCAGUACAGGGGAAUGAAGUCUCCCUUCUUCAGGCGGAGAUCGGGAUUCUUUCCGUUUUCGGAAUCGAGCUUAAGAUUCGCCGGCGGCGGAGGGUCAUCGAGACGGAGUAAGUCGUCGCCGAGUCCGAUGUUCAUGAGGACGUCGGUUGGGAAUGGGGUGGGGUUCUCGUCGAGCAGGUUAAGGUGUGGAGAUCCAGAGGCGUUGUUGUCGCCGGAGAGAUUUAACAGACGGUAGAGAGAUCGACACGUGGAUACGAUUGACGGUUGGGAGAUUGAGAGUGGUACGGAAGGGGAGAGAUGGAUUGGGGUAGGGGGCGGUGGAGGAGAGCUG